AUGGAUUGUGCAGGAUCCUCUCGCUACUUGUUGGCAGUGGCGAUGAUAGCCAUGGCACUCUCGCUUGGCUGUGCGGCCCCCAUGUUCGGCUUGACCUUAUCCAGUCAACGUAACACCGGCGACUCCGAUCCUACGUCACCACUGUCCAAGUUACCGCUACCAAUACCGUUACCGAACAUUUCGGAGAGGUUGCAUUCAAGGUUGCACAAACACCGGAUGCCGCAGUCAUCUGCGACGAAUGCUCCGACUUCUCCGGAGAACAAACAGCAAGAUUCGCAGCAACAGCCUCAGCAGAUCUCGCCAGAACCGACGGUGGCCGAACAACCGGGUGGAAAAGAUCCUUACCAGUCGUUGGCAAAUGCAUCUGUGACGACUUCGCCGAGACCGAAGAUGGAGACGACAACCCACAAUAUCCUUCACUUUAUCGGAGUCCCGCUGAAAAAAUGCAGUGAGGGUCAAGUGUUCAACAAACACCGGAAAUGCGUUGCAAAACGUGAAAGAAGUUCCAACCCCGAAGACGAGGAGGACAGCUCCACCAUUUUAGUAAGCACUAUUCGUCGAUUGUGA